AUGUUAUCAGAAACUUUAGAUGCAUACGUUUAAGAUAAGCCAUAGAAAGAAGAAAAGGAAAAUCCAUUUAAACAACUCGCCCAACUUAAACAAUAGAAGUUGUAGAAGGAGUAGGAAGAAAGAGAUAAAAUGCUUUCAGGGAAAGGACCUGAUGGGCUCGUAAGACAUGAUGCAGCUAUGAUACUCUCAAAGGAAGUUAAUGAGACUCAAAUCAAAGCACUAAGUGAAGACCUUAAAGGUAUUCUUAUCUAUCAUAGAAUUAAGAAAGAGGAAGCUGGAAAUACUGUGAUUUUUAUGGGUUGCAACAAUGAAGAUAUUAUGUUAUAAGAAGCUGAGAGAUUAGCCUUACUUAAAGAAAAAAAGAGAAAGACUCCAGAGUUACAAGAAAUCAGAAAUAAGGAAAGGGCUGAGGAAGCAACCUAUGUUCAUGCUAGAAUUAUUAAAGCUGAGAAGAAGAAGCCUUUCAAGAAAGCAAAGUAAGUCUAAUAUGAAGGUGGUACUUUUAAUACAAUCUUAAAUGAAGCUGAUAAAUCUAGAAUCUUCUUCAGUCUCAUCAACAAUUUUAAGAUGAAUGAGUUGAAAAACAUAAGCAGAGCUUUUGAUGAAAAGAAAUACCCUAGAGAUCAAAAUGAAACAUUUAUCUUUUUCCUUAAAAGAUAUAAUCUCUUAGUUGAGCUAACCCCCCUCCACUCAAAGAGCAGAGCCAUUCAAGAUAAAAAACUAAUUAAAGAGGCCUUGAAGGACUGGUUUAUACCAACUGACCUCGUUAGAGAAUAUUAUGGCGAGAAUGUUGCCAUCUAUUUCCAAUGGAUGAACCAUUUUAUAAAAUGGCUAUCUGUUCCUGGAGGACUCGCCUUUUUAUUUGGUAUCAUUAACUCUAGAUACUACACAUUACAUGACUCACCACUAAAUAGUGUAUAUUCUAUCAUAGUCGCUAUUUGGUCAACACUUUUUGUUAUUUACUGGAAAAGACAAUCAAAAAGACUUUUUAUUGAAUGGGAUGCUUAUAAUGUCAAUUCUGAAGAAGGUGAUGAUGUUAGAAAGGAAUUCAAGGGUAUUGACAGAAAGAAUCCAAUCACUGAUAGACUUGAGCCAACAUUUACCUCUCAAGAGAGAAUGAUUAGAUAUCUUCAAUCUGCUGCUUACUGUGCUCCAUAUUUCAUUGGAAUAAUAUUCUGCAAUAUCUGUUUCUUGAAUCUUGGUGCAAUUAUCGAUCCCAAGAAACAUAAUGCUCUUUUCUAAAUGAAUUUUCUUUCUGAUCUCUGUUAACCAGGAAAUUUCCUUGAUCCAACUGGUCCAUUCUUCAAAUUCGUCACUCCAACUUAGAUUUUUAUAUCAAUCCAAAUGAAUGGCGCUUUUAAAAAGAUGGCUUACUGGACUACUGAGAAUGAGAAUCAUAGAACUCAAACUGACUUUGAUAACUCUCUUAUCAUAAAGAGAUUUUUCUUCAUGUUUUGUGAUUACUUCCUCUAUUUGCUCUAUGUUGGACUAUAUCUUCUCAGAAUUGACUAGUUAAGAAGUUAUUUAACCUUCUUAUUCACUAUUGAUGAAGUAAGAAGACUCUUGACAGAGGCUAUAAUUCCAUAUGUUACUAUGUGGAGAGCUAAAAGAGCAAAGAAAGCAAAUGCUGGCCAAGAUAAGAAUCACAAAAAGACUUAAAAUUAUGUUGAUGAGAAAGAAAAUGAAGAAAUCGAAAAAGCCGAUUAUGAAACCUUCGACGAUUUCUUUGAAAUGAUCAUCACUUUUGGCUAUAUUACUCUAUUUGCAUAUCUAUUCAAACUUGAAAAAUUAAUGAAGAGGCCACAUGUAAAGAAGGUAUUUGAUAUUGGAUCAUGGAAAUAUGUCCUCGAAUUCAUGGCAUUUAUUAGCAUCUUUACCAAUAUUAUUCUUUUCACUUAUGCCUCAGAUCAAAUUGAGCAUCUCUUACCAUUUAUGGGAGCAUAUAAAAAUGACUCAGUCUACAAUAUUUUGACUAUCUUUGGCCUUGAGCAUUUAAUGCUAGCACUUGUUGUUGUUCUAAGAAUCCUCUUAGACAGUGAUCUUGGCUGGGUAAAUAUUUUCUUUGCAAGAAAGAGAUAUCAGAGAGAGCAAAAAGCACUUCAAAAGGCAAGGGUCUCAAUGAUUGGCGCUGGACUUCUUCAAGGCUUCAUCAGAAGACAAACAAGCAUGAUGUCAGAUGAAAGCUCAAAAUGA